AAUGUAUCUGUUGAAAUGGCGGAAUCAGAAGACCAGUGGGAAAGGCUUGCAAGAAAACUUAACAGGGCAUCAAAACCAAAGAGGAAAACUAAAAGAAACCAGUCAAUCUGGAAUUUUCAAAAUAAAAUAAUCCUUUUCACGGUGGUCCUCUUCAUUAUAGGUGUUAUAACAUGGACAUUACUAUGGCUCUUUAUUGUGCAGGCAGAAAACAAAGAUGCUUUGUACUUUGUUGGAUUAUUUCGUGUUGCCAACAUUGAAUUUCUUCCAGAGUAUCGGCAGAAGGAAUCUAGGGAGUUCUUCUCUAUAGCACAGAAUGUGCAGCGAGUGAUGAACUUGGUAUAUACCAAAUCGGCUUUCUCCAAAUUUUAUAAGCAAUCCAUUGUUUCAGAUGUCAGUAAUAACAACCAUGGAGGACUUCUUGUCCAUUUCUGGAUUGUAUUCGUGGUCCCACAAGCAAAAGGUCAAGUGUUUUGCGAAGACUGCAUAGCAGCUAUUUUAAAGGACUCAAUUCAGACCAGUAUCACUAAUCGAACUUCAGUAGGGAGCCUUCAAGGCCUUGCUGUCGAUAUGGACUCCAUAGUGCUCAGUGUUGGGCUACGAUCAGAUUACUCUUCAACAACAGGAACAGGUACGAAUUGCAUAUAUGAUCUUCAUGCCGAUCAAUUGCAUCAGCACUUUCCACUUGACAUUUCAAGAACAUCAGGAAGAAUGCUCUGCUAUUUCAAACUGAUUGCAUUGGUUGGCUACCUAAUUCGUCUCUCCAUAGCAACCAUUCAGAUGGAAGCAGAUAACUGUAUCACUGAUUCGUUGACCAUUUAUGAUGCCCUGAUGCCAAUCAAAAGUAAGAUACUGUAUCGAAUUUGUGAACCAACUACUUCAUUCCUGUCUUUUGUUUCUACUAAUAAUCUCAUGCUGGUUACAAUGAAGUCCACACAAGGAAGGAAGGUGAAAGAAUUCCAUGGCUAUUUUGAAGUCAUUCCACAAGAAAAAUGUGAGAAAACUAUACUCGCAUUAGGAAGUGCUGGUUUUGAAGGGAGAAUCAUGAGUCCCUACUACCCAAGCUACUACCCACCAAAAUGCAUUUGCACUUGGUCUUUCCAGACUCCACAGAAGAAUCUUGGUGUAGCACUGAAAUUUCAUAACUAUACUAUCAGUGAAAAAAGCAUGAAAGGCUGUGAGCAUGGAUGGUGGAAGAUUAAUGAACAUAUGUACUGUGGCUAUUACAUUGAUCAUCAAACCAUAUUCAGAAUUGCAAGCUUUCUGGUUAAUGUUGAGUUUCAGUGUAGUUCCAGGCUUUCAGAGCAGCCAUUUCUUGUGGAAUAUGGAAGCUACAAUAUCAGCCAACCUUGCCCACUUGGAUCAUUUGAAUGCCACACCGGUUUAUGCAUCCAGCAAAUCCGGCGCUGUGAUGGGAUCAAUGACUGCUUUGAUGAAAGUGAUGAGCUCUUUUGCGAUGUGCCUGAACAAAACUGUAGCACCAACUUCUUAAUGCAACACCAUUCCAUUUUCUGUGAUGGAAUAAGUGACUGUGAGGAGGGUCAAGAUGAACAAAACUGCACUGAAAGCAUACCAUGUACCAACAAUACUUACAGAUGCAGCAAUCAUGUUUGUUUCAGAAAGCAAAACGCAAAAUGUGAUGGAAUCACAGACUGCCUCGACCAAAGUGAUGAAAGCAAUUGUAGCUGUGGUAGCACUAAAUACACCAGUGCACUCCAUCGGAUCGUUGGGGGUACAGAUACACAGGAUGGUGAAUGGCCAUGGCAAGUCAGUCUUCAUUUUGCUGGUGUUGCUUAUUGUGGUGCUUCGGUGAUAUCAAAAGAGUGGCUUCUCUCUGCCGCCCAUUGCUUUCAAGGGAACAGGUUAUCAGACCCUAGAAUCUGGACGGCACAUUUAGGGAUGCGAAUUCAAGGAAAAGCCAAAUUUGUCUCUACUCUGAGGAGAAUUAUCAUCCAUGAAUACUACAAUAGCAGGAAUUAUGACUAUGACAUUGCCCUACUGCAACUAAGUACACCAUGGCUUGACACAAUGCAAGGAAUUAUUCAGCCAAUAUGUGUACCUCCCACCAUGCACAGAGUGCAUCCUGGGGAAAAGUGCUGGGUAACAGGUUGGGGACAGAAGCAAGAAGCAGAUGAUGAAGCUCCAGCAGUUCUACAAAAGGCAGAGGUGGAGGUUGUUGACCAAACAUUGUGUCACUCAACAUAUGGGCUUAUCACAGCUCGCAUGUUGUGUGCUGGAAUGAUGUCAGGCAAAAGGGACAGCUGCAAAGGAGAUUCAGGAGGGCCCCUGUCAUGUCGAAGCAAAGGAGAUGGAAAGUGGUUUUUGAUGGGCAUCGUAAGCUGGGGCUACGGCUGUGGGAGACCCAAUUUCCCUGGAGUAUACACAAGGGUGUCAAAUUUUGCUACAUGGAUACACAAAUAUGUGCCUUCAGUUUUUUAA